AACUCAUAUCAACAUCCCAGCGGGACCAACAAGAAGACAUCAUGACACAAUUCGACAUUUAGAGCAGCUGUAUACAUAUAUUUUUACACAGUCACCGGCUCAAACUACCUCGACAUGGCUCCAUCCUUAUUCCAACUACCGUUUCUCUCCUCCAUUUCUAAUGCGCUAUUACCACCAUCCACAUCACCUCUUGAAACCACCAAAGCCACGAUGACGGCCACUACCCUCCAAUCAUGCCCCAACCCGCCGUCACUGUCUUGCCCAUUCCCUCCACCCCGCGAGAUCAACACGUGCUGCCUGAACCACCCUUCGGGUCAUUUUCUCCAGACCCAAUUCUGGGACACUUCUCCAGCCCUCGGGCCCAACACGUCCUGGACCAUCCACGGUCUCUGGCCGGACCUCUGCACGGGAGGGUUCGAUCAAUUUUGUGAUACGACGCGAUCUCAUCCUCCCGGCGCCAUGCGUGAUCUGAUCACCACUCUCCUCAAUCAAACGCAUUCGGACCCCAAAGCCCUCCUCGAUUUCAUGGACGAAUACUGGCUCUCACUCAAUUCAGACGCCGCACACCUCUGGUCCCACGAAUGGAACAAGCACGGCACAUGUAUCUCGACCCUCGAACAGGGUUGUUAUCCAUCGUCAUCAACGCAUGAGUACUCUGAUAGUGAUGAGUCCUCGGACAGCAACCUCGACCUAGGCAUACUAGAUUACUUUAUCCACACGACAUCUCUCUUCCGUACGCUAGACACGUACACCAUCCUGUCUGAAGCCGGCAUCGUUCCUUCCCACGAAGUACGCUACACCUUACAAGACCUCGAAGAUGCUAUAUCCUCUUCGCCAUACAACCACCCCGUGACGUUCCGUUGUACUCACUCUGGCGAACUCAACGAGAUAUGGUAUCAUUUCUCCGUCAUGGGUUCACUGAGGAACUCGUACGACGAUUCUUCUCUUUCCACUUCCACCUCCGUUUCAUCACAUGGUACCACCGACCAACCUCCAGCGCAGCGGUACUCUUCUUCUACUCCAUUUCUGCCUGCCGACGCCGUCCGCGAAAUAUUCAUCCCCACCGACCCCGACGGUGCCAAAUCCAACUGUCCGAGCCGUGGGAUCAAGUACUUGCACAAGAAUGGGCAUUCCGAUCCUGGUCCAUCACCCACGCAUACCUAUACGCGCACGUCGACGACCACAAGCACACCAACAUCCCCACCGUUUACGGGCAAGGGCCAUCUCGCGAUCCACAUUCUCGACGACGACCACCAUGGACCGACUUUUUCCGAGUCCGAAUCUGAACAACAGCAGCAUCCCCUCGUCUUGAACGAGCAACUAUCGGAUGAUAUCGCAACACAGUCGAAUGACGACGACAACAAAGGCUGUCUCAUUCGCCUGGGUCAAUGGUACGUCUCGGGCACGUGUGCCACCUUUCGCGCACAAAAGGACGUCGUCGAUCCUGGCCACGCGCCGCUCUUCUCCCUCUCGUCCAGCUACUCGCCGUGCGUCGUCAACCCAAAAACCUCCAGAUUCGAGUGUACCAAGUCGACCGCCGUACAGAGUAUCUUCUCUUCGGACCCUCAAAACCCCCGUGCCCUGUCUUACCAGAAUAAGACGACAUUCUAUGCGAAUCAUGUACCGAAACGAUUUGACAAGGUCGACGUGUAUGCAAAUGAUGGUAAUGGUGAAAGAAGUGUUCAAUUGGAAAUUCAUUGGGUAGCUACAUAG